AAAGAAAUAUUUUUUUUUAAUAAAUAAUCAAAUUGUACAUAUAUAAUGCCAUCGGUCGAUCUUUCAUUGACAUUCGACUUUCGACUUUCGACCUCAACCUCAACGUGCAACUCACGGUAUUUUGCACGCGUGCGUCAAGCAUUGCACAGUUCGCAACAUGGACCGAAACAAAGGCCAGAUUCUUAUAUCACUUGUCUGAACACCUUGACAGACUAUUAUAACUUGUGUCUUGAAUCGUUUUCGAUGAGAAUUUUGUUGGACUCUUGUUAAUAUAUGUCCCAAUAUUCUUUCCGAUCGUGUUGGUCUGUUGUUGCAAAUGUCGAAUGUUAAUCUUAUGUAUUUGCACUGAAAUCGCCUGUUAUGAGUGAUAAUGUAAAGAAAUUAUUAAUAUAGUGAAGUGAAUAAACAUGAGAAUCAUGGCGUGCCAUUUUCGUCGUUGUAUAAUAGCAGCACUAUCUCUAGCACUGUUAUUUUGUGUCAUUCAAGUAAUAAGAACAGAAUUAGGAUUUAAUGAACCUGAUCUUUCAAAUUUAGACAAAUUAGUACACAUAUCACAAUUAAUCAAAGAGUCAGAACAGUCUUAUGGGAGAGAAGGUGUUGCGUGUAAAUUACCUCAAUUAAAUAUCUCUAGUCCAGAAAUAAUGAAAUUUAUAUACGAUGUGCCACCUUUAUCAUGUGGACCUGAAGAUUGGGUCACAGUGGAAGGAUCAAGACUUGUCAUUACUAAUAAAGCAAGAACGAAACAUGGACGAAUAAUAUGCAUAUUCAGUGAAAUUAUCAGAACAGAUGAUUACAAUGUAAAAUUGUUAGAUGGUAUACAAGCUGACGAUUUCUAUACUUUGAAGGACAGCGAUUUUGCAAGUGUUAGAUGCAAAUCACAAAAUGGAGACGUGUGGCGUAGUGUACUCGCCGGAGUAAAAUACGAUCCGUACGUCGAGAAGCAACAUAGUUGGGACAAUGUGCCAAACACAGGCCUGAAAUUAAACGUGCUUAUGUUUGGCUUCGAUUCACUGUCGCGAAAUACAUUUAUUCGUAAAUUACCGAAAACUUAUCAUUUCAUAAAAGAACGAUUAAAUGCUCUAGUGUUAGAAGGAUACAACAUCGUAGGAGAUGGUACACCACAAGCCCUUAUCCCAAUUUUAACUGGCAAGAUCGAACUUGAAUUACCAGAAACGCGGAAACGAAUGGGUAACAAAGCGAACUAUGUCAACGUGUAUCCCAUGAUAUGGAAUAAAUAUAAGGAGCACGGAUAUAUAACAGGCUUUAUGGAAGAUGUACCGCAUAUCGGGACAUUCACGUAUCGCUUAAAAGGAUUUGACGAACAACCGACUCAUCAUUAUAUGCGCACGUAUUAUCUAGCCGCCUCUCCGUAUUUCAAAACAUAUAACAAAUAUUGUAUAGCUGGCAUCCCGCGUCAUAUGGUGAUGAUGAAUUAUAUAAAAACGAUAUUUAAUACGUAUAAAAAUCAACCAAAAUUUGUAUUUGGAUUUCAUGGUGAACUUUCUCACGAUUCUUACAAUGAUAUCGGAGUCGUGGAUAACGAUGUAUAUUCUUGGGUGAAAGAUCUUUACGAUUUCGGACAUUUAAACAACACCAUUUUGAUUUUGAUGAGCGAUCAUGGACACAGAUUUGCAGAUAUACGUAAUACUCUCCAAGGUAAACAAGAGGAAAGAUUGCCGUUUUUCUCUUUCAUUUUUCCACCAUGGUUUAAACAAAGCCAUCCACAAGCAUAUGCAAACUUUGUAUAUAAUACACAAUACUUAACAUCGCCGUUUGACGUACACAAGACAUUGGAGAACAUACGUAACUUUGACACACCGAAAGAUGGGGAUCGACGUCAAAGAGCCAUCAGUUUAUUUGAUAAGGUGCCCUUGAACAGAACAUGCGCGGAUGCAUUCAUAGAGCCACAUUGGUGUGCUUGUCUCGGAUGGAAGGAAAUUUCGAUCGACGAUACGAACGUUGUCGCCGCUGCCAAUUAUUUCGUUCAAUUUCUUAAUGGUUAUACUGUGGAUCAUCAUGACAUAUGCGCGAUAUUACAUUUGGACAAGAUCCUAUGGGCUGCUAAGCUCAUACCUACCAAAGGUUUAUUAGAUUUUCGAAAAUCUGGAGAUCAAGACGGUUUCAUAGGUGAUUUUACUGCGAAAACAAAAGUAGCGACAGAGAUUUAUCAAUUAAAAGUGAAAACAGUGCCAGGUAAUGCGCUAUUCGAAGUUAGCAUUACUCACAAUCUCGCAGAAAAUGCUUUCUACGUUAAGAUUUCCGAUGUUAGCAGAAUUAAUAUGUAUGGAUCUCAAGCGAGAUGUGUGGAAAAUUCUCUGUUUCAUCUACGUAAAUAUUGCUAUUGUAAAGGGUAGGUAGGAAGGGAUCUUUAUAUAUAGUAUAGUUUUCAAUACUGUACAUAGAAACAUACAUCAAAAUAUUAAUCAAAGAAAGUGACAAUUUUAAUUAUAUAACGCGAAAAAC